AUGUAUGUAUAUCCUGUUUUUAAACUCCAAGGCUUGAUAAAAGACCGGAUCCCCACGUCCUUUGAGUCGCAUUCGCAGCAGCUUUCCUGGGCGAAAGGCACCCUGCAGGAUAUCAGUCGAGAGCAUCAUCCAACAGACUAUCUGGCGGCGCGCCUUGACAGGGAAACAAAAAUCGCCAAGCAGCUGGGGACGCUUGGAGGUGGGAACCACUUUAUAGAGGUGGUCUAUUCCGAGGGCAGUGAGCAGGUGUGGUGUAUGCUUCACAGUGGCAGCCGAAAUGUCGGCAACACUACAGCAUCCUUCUACGAUCAAGUUGCUGGCAACAGGGGCGUGGCUCUCAGAGGCCACGCCGGUUCUCUGAAUUACCUGGAGAUUGACAGUGCAGAUGGCCAGGAUUAUUUGAAGGACAUGCAGUGGUGUCAGGCAUAUGCCAGGGAAAAUCGCAGAAGCAUGUUGGAUCUCAUGGUUUCCUCCGUGGAGGAGGUUACUGGCAAACGAGCGGAUAUGUCCAGGGCCGUGAAUGCUCAUCACAACUUUUGCCAGUGUGAAAAAUGCCGGUUCUACGAUCACAAAACUGGGGCCGUCAAAGAGAAAGACCUCUGGGUUACCCGCAAGGGUGCCACAAGUGCACGUGCGGGUCAGUAUGGCAUCAUUCCAGGCAGCAUGGGCGUGGGAAGCUACAUCGUCAAAGGGCGCGGAGCCAGAGGCUCUUGGCAGAGCUGCUCUCACGGGGCUGGCAGGACCAUGUCCAGGACGAGAGCCAAAAAGAUCAUUCCGCAGGAGGACUUCGAGGCCUCCAUGCGAGGAAUCAUAUGUGACACCGAUCCUGCGGUGCGCGAUGAGGCGCCGCAGGCCUACAAGGACUUAGGGCAGGUUCUGAAGAACCAGGCGGAUCUCGUGGAGGUGGAACAUCGACUUCUCCCUCUGGUCAAUGUGAAGGGCUUUGAGGAGAAGGGCAGUUUCUCUGGCGGUCGCAGCAGCUCUCGUGGCAGCUUCUCCCCCGGUGGCCGCAAACGAAGCAAAAGCAAGAAGAAGCAGCGCAAAGCCUCACGGCGCACGUGA